CUCGCAGGGCUGGGUCAGUGUCAGAGGAAUGCAUGAAGAAGAAGAAGGACUAUUCAUUGUGUGUCCUGCAGUUUAUGCGUGCUUGGACCCAACUCUGCAUGAAGUUCAAGACUCAGCCCAGUGCUCUCUAUUACAGCUGGCUGUGCUUCAGAACUGACCUCAGAUCAGGGAUUCAAGAAAAAUAACCACGUAUAUGUGGUCUAUGUGAAGUCUAAGUGAUGUCUGUCGGUAAAAAAAUAAAAAAUAGAAAUCAAACCAGACGCCAAAAGCUCUCACGACGUGACGUUAAAUAGAAUAAUAAUCACAAAGACGCGCGCGAAUUAACAAAGGAAAUUCCUUGGCAGCUGGAAUAUGUGAACUUCCUCUCCUCUGCACUUUAAAAUUCUUCCAUCAAUUUUCCACCCAAAUUCUAGUUUAGAAUUACGCCCUCCCAGCCCUCGGGGGCGGGGCUACGCGGGCCGCUCCACCAAUAGGAACGUCUCACAGGUCAGUUUUUCUCAAAGGUGGUCACGACUUGUCUCUAUAGCAACGUAGCGAUCGUUCAGCAAGCGGUUGAGUUUCUGUAACGCGAGUGAACUAUAGCUAGUGUCUCAAACGCAGCUGUUUAGGGGUCCAGAUCUGAAGUGGGAGUGUGCCGAGUACACUUAAGCUGACCAGAACAGCUGGAGGAAGAAAGAGAGAAGAUUUGGGACGCUCAAAACUGAAAACAAAGCAGAAACCAGAGCAAAAUGGGAUUUGCCUGGCCGCUUGUGUUUUUGCUGACUUGAAUAUGAUUUAUAAAUCUUGAAAUGACUUUGAUAAGUGCGCAUGUGACUGCUGUGGAGAACAGACAGCAGAGGGAAGAAGGAGCCACCAUAAUGCUCCACUGACACUCUGAUUCGAUCAUGGAGGACGCGGUGACCUCUGAAGAUGCUGAACCACUGCCUGCUAGCUCCCAAAACACUGACAUCCACCUCAGGGAGCCAGAGGACGAGUGUCCUUCCAGCACCCCUUCCUCGCCGUCUAAUCAGCAAACCCAAGGCUCUGCUGUAUCGGCGCUGCAGUCCAAGGUCAAGUCUCUCUCUGAGCGCAGAGUUGCCUGGAAAGAACCUAGAAAUGAGAACCAGGACUCACGAGUGGUUCCCGGGACCUUCAUACUGGGAUACGCCCUCACGGACGCUUGGGGCUCCAGCAGCAGCGAUGAAGACGGGGAACCUCGCAAGCCCCUGAUUUUCACUGCCGGAGAUCCCAAGCCUCAGGUAGAAUUUAAGUGCGAUCCCCUUUCUUCAGAAAAUUUGUUGGCAAUUCCACGUGGCCUUGGAGAAGGAGCAAGCCUGGAGAACCUCUCAAACGAUGCUUGCAGGGCUCAACAUGAUGCUUCUCCGUCUGAUAAACCAUGGAUGCCUCCAAAGUGUUUCUGGAGGUCCAUCAGACCGGAGAUGCCGGUUCUAAAUGGGAACAUUCCUGUGGGGAAAGAUGGACCAAAUAGAGGAACCAUGGGACACAAAAUGGGCCACAAGUUUCCAAGGGAACUGCAAAGGUCUGACAGCCUGGAGAGUCAUCUACGCAGGUACAGUCACGUUGAGGUGGGACAGUGUGGACUCUGGCGGGCCGACAGCUUGGAGAGCAUGUGCAGCAGUGGAAGCUCACCGUCCCUGGCCGAGAGGGUCGAGAUGAACCGAGGUCUUCUCAAACAGAUGCUACAGAAAGCCCAGAACAAAGACCAUGUGCCAGGACAAAGGAUAGAAGACCCGAUACACAAUGGUGGUAGAGGUAUCUGUGGCCUGAAUGAGAGUGAUUGGGAUUCUGGGAUUUCGCUCCAAGGAAGUGAACACAGCCAAAAGGCCUUUGUGUUGGGCGACGACCUUCCGCUGAGCCCUCGCCACGAGCAGGCCAAACGACUGCUGGAGAGAGCGCGUAUGAAGGCCCGGUCCAACCCUCUCAAAGCCGACCACACCAUCCUACCCGUCCAGAGGGACAACCCGGAGCUGUUGUCCUGGGUUGGUGUACCCUUACACCAGGCUCCUCUUGCGGGGAAGGAGGGCGUGGCGGUGGUCUCCGGAAACCUUAGUGACUCCUCCAGCGGUGACUCGGCAGGUGGAACCCGUCGGAGACUCGGACAGUCCCCAACCCGUGUGCGUUUCGAAGACGAAUCAGAGAAGGAAGCUGAGGUGCGCUACCUGGAGCGGCUACGCCAGCGGCGCAGGGCUGGGGAAAGAGCGCAGGGGCUGCUGGUGUCCAAACCCACCUUGUCGUCUUACAUCAAUGGACAGGAAGAGACAGGACAUGGCUCGAAUGAUUCAAUAUUCUGGAAGCCAAAAGCCAAGAAGAGUUUGUUGAAUGGCAAAGGUCCGGAAACAGCAAACAGGCAGUGCAACUCUUGUGGGACCUUUCUAAAGGAACCACACGGGCCUAGCUUGAACUCAAAUACUCUGUCUUUACCUAAUGGGGAAGUCGAAGGGAAGAAGAUACCAUGUUGGGUUGCUCCCACCCUUCCCAACCGGCUUGUCCGGAUCGAACAGAUUAAGGAGACGUACAUUGGGACAAGUCCCGCUAUCGUCCACAGCGAUGGAACGCACUGCAUUCCUGUGGAUAAUGUGAGAGGUAGAGGCACAUUCCAGAAGCUAAAGAAGAAGGUCCGGAAACAAGACAGCAAGCAGGAACCCUUGUACGUCAACGGCCUGAGGGCUCCAACACCCCCGGACUGCAACAGUGGAACUCUAAUGAGCCUUUCGAAUGGACUAGCAUUGCCACUCAAUCCCUAUGCCAUGGAUCAUGGACAGAGAAUCCCAGCCGGGUGCUGCCCCACAUCCACCAAGGGAACUAUAGCACCUCCAUUGCCGCCCAAAGGAGAACCAUCAAUGUCCCAGCUUCCUCAGCCAACCCCUCCGCCUCUCCAACCGAAAAAAUCAGCCCUAAAAUCCAGCUCAAAGAACCGCUCUAAUGGUCAGCGGACCGUCACACUCAUGUCUUCACCGGAGUACCACCUGGACUCCACAGAGGCAGGGGGCGCUGUGGAAAGCUGUCUUCAGGAACAGGCUUCCUCUGGACUGGGUUACUGGGACGACAGAUCUGCAGGGGUCACCCCUGUACCCAUACUCAGGACGAACCCAGUUCUGUGUGCUCGAAACUCACCCAUACGAGGGGAAGAAAGGCUAACAGAUGUGGACCAGCAGCAGAGUACAGGACAGCUGGGAACUGAUGCAGCAUCCAGCAGUGCUGAAUCAACCCAGGCUCGUCUCAAUGACGGACACAUCAGAGGCCCAAUCAGACCAGUGCAUCACAGGGCAACUAGCCCAAACUUCUCACAAGCGGGGACGGAUGCAGAGCAGCGGGAGGGUCGACCCAAACUCUCCCUGCAGCGGUUCUUCUCUGCCAUGGGGCUGAACAGCGUGGGGUUGCUGGGAAAAGGACGAUCCAGCAGCAUGGAUCAGCUCAGCCUGCACCCCAAACCAAACUCAAACCUGAACCAAAACCCUCGGCCGACUUCCCCCUCCACCUCCCCCAGCCCCACACACAGACACCACCACCAGCUGAAGAAAGCCCCCUCGCUGCAGACUCUACGGCUGGGUUCACCAUUUCUCCAGCUGAGAAGAUCUUCAUCCGCUCAAAACCUACAAAUCCCAAGAAAGAAAACAGACCGUUCCUCUGCAUACACUCCAGGAGAACAGCCCUGUAGUCCAGUAUUAACCAGGGGUCUUCAGCGUGCCUUGAGUGUAGAGGACGUGGGGCGGCCCAGUGCGGUGCGUCCGGUGGGACGUGUGGCCCAGGCCUUCCCUGACGGCACCAUCCUGCUGGAGCUCUCCAGACCCCCCAACGGCCCCUUCGGCUUUCUCAUCUCACGAGGAAAAGGCAGGCCAGACUCAGGGGUGUACAUUGAAGAAAUGGGCGACAGCAAUAUGGAGAAGCUCUACACGGGGCUGCUCGGGGUCGGAGACGAGAUCUUAGAGGUGAAUGGUGAGAAGGUGGCAGGACUCAGUCUGGACCUGGUGACACGUUUAAUGACUCAAAACAGCACAGCUUCAAUCCGUGUACUACGACACAGACGCCUGCAGCGCUAACUGAAGACAAGACUGUACCAAAACAACAUUUUGUUGCAGUCACAUAAACCGUAACAUCAGAAAUGUCAGGGAUGGGUUCAUGUAAUCGGCAGUAUUAUGUUUAACUGACCCAUGCAAUGAUCACUCAACAGUCCCUAUUUAGGGAUAGUACAUGAAUUUUUUUUAUACAUUUUGUUACAAUCCUGUUUCAUUUUUUGGGUGAAUUCAUCCCUGUAGCCACUGUUAUGUCUAAAGGCCUGUUCAGACCAAAAACAAUAAUAAUAAUAAUCAUUCUAAAGUUAUAAAAAUAGCAGAGUCUACAACUAUAAUGAUAACGACACAGAGGAACAGUAUUGUUGGAAUCACUUUCCAGUUGAGGAGUGACAAAAACACUGGCAGCCAAUCAGAAUCCAUCCUGCUUUAAAUAGUGUGAGAAUUUAAAGUGGCAGAUGACAAAACUGCAGUGCACGUUUAUAAUAAACAGCAUGUUAUUGCUCGUUGCAGUGGAUGCAGUAUAGUUAAGUCAUAACAACUCUGGGAGAAUUUAGCACGGUAAUAUACAUGGCUAGGUUAAAGGCAGGGUAGAUCUGCUAGUCUACCGUGACUUGCUACUGUCAGUACAUGCACAGACAGCUGUGAGCAUGUAGGAAAUAUUGCCGCUGCUCAUAUAACAUACAUGAAAUAACCCCCUUAAAUAACAAGCAUGACAUAAACCCAUAGCUGAUCUAUACAGGUGGAGCUGGGGGAGGUGGAGGGUUUCUAAAGCGUGUAGCGACUGCUACAACAAACACUAGCCGAGUAUUUGAACGUUGAGCAGCAAGCUCAUUGAGUGCUGGUACGAAAGAAACCUGUAAAUACUGUAGUUAUUGUUUUGGUGUGAAUGGGCUUUAGUUUACACUGGUACCUUGAAAAAACACGCUAUUGAAGGUGUGGUCACAUUAGUGAACUUUCAGCGAAAAACAGGCACAUUGUCCAUUGUAAAGAGUGCAGAAUCGAAGUCCAGCUCAAACAGAAAUCACUUUUAAACCAGUCAACUUUCUGUUGGUCCGUGUGGAGAAUUCACGUGACCAACUUGGACAUGAGCAAAAUCUACGUGGGAACUUUUUUUGCCCUCAUGCGACACAGUUGUAGUGCAAUCAAGGACAAGGAAAUUUCAUUUACUGAAAGUUCAACUCAAGUGUUCUUGCAAUAAUGGAUAGUCUAAAUGUGUUUGGCAAAAAGAACAAUGAACAUGAUCUUUAUCUAUCUUCUGAACAUUCUGUUUCAUCCAAUUCCUCCGUUGCUUUGGCAUUCGGUUCUAAUACGAAACCUUCUCCAUGCUGCUGACGAGUAAACAGAUCUGUAUCAUACACAAUAAAAAAGAGGUUUAUAUACUCUCUUAGAAUGGCUCGGUGCACACGCUGCAGUCACAUUGAUCAUCAGCUCUAAAUGCUCUUUAGUAAAUUGAUUGGAUAUUUCUCCAUGAGCCAGCACAUUGUUCUGCCUCUACAGUGCAGUCCGACAACAUUAGCGUGCUUUCCUGAAGGAUACCAGUAUUAUGGUACGUGCAACGCAAUAAGCUACCAACCUAAUGUAUUUCGUUAAAUUUAUUUAUACGUGUUCCUAUGAAAUAAAACAACUGGCUUUUGAG